AUGGAGGAAAAUGUGGAAGUUGAGAUGGGUGCCAUUCAGCUGCAGAGGCCCUCGGCCGAUGUUUCGAGCUCGAGUCCUACAAGGGAUGUUGCUUCCGCGGACUCGAAGGGCCAUGAAAAGGAGCAGCGCAGGCGGGCUCACAUCCAAUUUGCGACGCUCUGCUGGACAUUGUACCUUGCGGGAUGGAAUGAUGGCACGACUGGCCCUCUUUUGCCUCGGAUACAACGGGUGUAUAAUAUUAACUUCGCUGUCGUAUCUCUUCUCUUCGUGUUUGCAUGCAUUGGCUUUAUAAGUGGGGCGCUCUCUAAUCUAGUGCUUGAUGGCCGCUAUGGCUUUGGAAAGGUUAUCGUACUAGGAUCGCUGUUUCAAGUUGUCGCAUAUUGUUUUGAGUCCGCUGCUCCCCCCUUUCCUCUCUUCGUGUUAGGGUAUGCUAUCAAUGGUGUUGGAAUGGCCCUGCAGGAUGCCCAAGCAAAUGGGUUUGUCGCCUGUCUUCGGGAUAACCCAGAAAUGAAAAUGGGAAUAUUACAUGCAGCUUACGGAGCGGGUGCAUUUUCAUCUCCACUUGUGGCCACGCAAUUCGCCCAGCAACCGCACUGGUCAUUCCAUUAUCUUUGCUCUCUCGCCUUGGCAUUGUUGAACACUAUUCUGCUAAUCGCAGUCUUCGGACUGAAAACUCAAGAUGAAUGUCUCGCACAGAUAGGGGUGCCACCCUGCGAGAAGGGUAACAGCGAACGCAGCCGGUUUCGACAAGUAUUUGCACUUAGAAUAGUUCAUCUCAUGGCAUUCUUUAUACUCGUGUACGUCGGCGUAGAAGUCACCGUGGGAGGCUGGAUCGUCACAUACGUCAUAGACGUUCGAGGUGGGGGCCCGUCGUCUGGCUACAUAUCGUCGGGAUUCUUCGGAGGUCUCAUGGUAGGUCGGGUUUCUCUACUAUGGGUGAACCGCAAGAUUGGGGAGCGGCGUGCAUUGUUUAUCUACGCCUUCCUUGCUAUUGGUUUAGAGUUGAUAGUAUGGCUCGUACCGUCUCUCGUCGGUGGAGCGGUUGCCGUUUCCGUGAUUGGUAUCCUCUUGGGACCAAUGUACCCUAUUGCCAUGAAUCACGCCGGACGGGUGUUACCACGUUGGCUUCUGACGGUAUCUAUUGGAUGGAUAGCAGGAUGCGGGCAAGCAGGUUCUGCGUUGCUACCAUUCGUGACAGGAGCCAUUGCCUCUAAAUCCGGGAUAAAAACCUUGCAGCCAGUACUAGUGUCCAUGAUGGCUUUUAUGACAUUUAUAUGGGCUCUCGUCCCCAGUGGUGCGCGGCGAGAAGACUGA